GAAAUCCACCAUUUUCCCUUUGUAGCUAACCGGUGUUCAAAACACGUGCGUACUAUCAAGUUACAUGGAAAACUGGCGUGUUCCGAGCUAGAAAUAACAAAUAAACCGUCUGAAAAAGUGCGCCGUGUUUAAGUAGUUGGGUGACGUGUGUAGUAAAUCAAAAUGAACACCGAAAAGCUGAAGAAAUUGCAAUCCCAGGUGCGCAUCGGCGGUAAGGGCACACCGAGGCGCAAGAAGAAGGUUGUGCACGCCACAGCCGCGACAGACGACAAGAAACUCCAGUCUUCCCUCAAAAAACUGUCAGUGAACACGAUCCCUGGCAUCGAGGAAGUGAAUAUGAUCAAAGAUGACGGCACAGUGAUACAUUUCAACAACCCGAAAGCGCAGGCCUCGCUCGCGGCGAAUACUUUCGCUAUCACCGGUCACGGUGAGAACAAGCAGAUCGCGGAGAUGCUCCCCGGUAUCCUGAGCCAGCUCGGGCCCGAAGGUCUCAACCAGCUGAAGAGACUCGCGUCCAGCGUGGCCGCGCCAAAGCCCCUCGAGGAGGACGACGAGGUACCUAACCUCGUCGGCAACUUCGACGAGGCGUCGAAACAGGAGGCCAAGGAGGUCGUCGCCGAAGACAAGAAGGAGGAGAAAAAGCCCGAGACAGAAACCAAAGCCGCCGACAAGAAGACCGACUAACUAUCCCCAUUAUGACAGGAGUGAUCUAGGUUUUUAAUUUUGCUCAUUCAAGUGUCUUUAUAACAAACGCUAGGGUUUCCAAAGGCUAACCAAGUGUCUCAAACGUUUAUUUUAUUAUUUAGUAUUUGUGUUCCUAAAUAAAUGUACUUUCAAUUAGUGGUUUUGCAUUUAUUUGAAGUUUUGAUGUGUGAAGUGCCAAAAGGGACACUAAUUGUGUGCCUUUGCCUGUACUUAGAAAAAAGGGGACACAGUUUUGUUUUUUAAAUAUUUGACUCCGUGACUUUGGAAAUCCUGUAUAGAGCCAUCCUGUAUGAAACAAAAAGCUUGUCUCUCCUUCAACGCUACUAAUAUGUCAUUAUUAACUGUAAAAUACCGCAUAAUGGGAUAUUCUGUCAAUCAUAGGUCCUAGUUAAGUGUUGUAAUAAACCUAUUGUUGAGAUAUUGGCAAUAUGAUAAAAAGUCUAUGUAUGGCAUAUAUACAUUUAUUUUUUACACUGCACUGGCAUAUAGGAAUAUAUUAUUAUAUAUUAGUAAAGUAAGGUGAGUGACACACCUUAUCAUAUUUUUAAAUGGUAUUUUCUAAAGUUGUUGAUUCAUGUCCAGUUGAAGGAAUUUGCUUUCUCAUUUUUUUAAUAGAAGAGAAAUAGGUUAAACAAAAGAAUCUUAGUCACAGUAAGCUCUUUAGGUUUCAGAGCUGACAUUGUAUAAUAAAACCAUAAAAAUUGUAAAAUUUAAAAGGUCAGAGUUUGAUGUGUGUGUAAGCAUGACAUUAAAACUUUGAUUGCUGUA